GGCGUGGGCCUAACCUCUCUCUCUUUCUCUCUCUCCUGCCCGGAAAACCGGAAGCAUCCAAAAUUCCAGUACUACCCUGCCCCGCCCCCUCUCUGACACUUUCUCCCUCUCUGUAUAUAUAGAUACACACAUAUAGUAAUAGUAUUACUUUCCCUGUUUCUUGUACAUCAACGCUUGCUUCUCAGCUCUCUCUCUCUCUCUCUCUCUCUAGACGGCAGUGCAUUGGAAAUGACGUCGGAGCACGAGGAGAAGAAACCGGCGUUCGAUUCCGAGGCCGCCUCGUCGCUGGUGAAGGAUUUGAGAGACGCGUUCGGCACCGGAAAGACGAGGAGCUACGAAUGGAGAGCGUCGCAGUUGAGGAGCCUGUUGAAGAUGUUGAACGAACGCGAGAAUGACAUCAUCGAAGCCCUUCGCUCCGACCUCUCCAAACCCGUCCUCGAAGCCUACGUCACUGAGGUUGUCAUGCUUAAGUCCUCAUGUGAAUUCACACUAAAAGGGUUAAAGCGUUGGAUGAUGCCAGAAAAGGUUAAAACCACAAUAACCACUUUUCCUUCAUCAGCAGAAAUUGUGCCAGAACCUUUUGGUGUUGUAUUGGUGAUAUCAGCAUGGAAUUAUCCUUUCAUGUUAUCUAUCGACCCAGUCAUUGGAGCUAUUGCAGCUGGCAAUGCCGUGGUUUUGAAACCAUCAGAAAUUGCUCCAGCCUCAUCCUCACUGCUUGCAAAAUUAUUUGGGGAAUAUUUGAACAGCUCUGCAGUAAAAGUUGUUGAGGGGGCUGUUCCUGAAACAUCUGCCCUGCUAGAGCAAAAGUGGGAUAAGAUAUUUUAUACAGGCAAUGGAAAAGUGGGACGCAUUGUGUCGGCUGCUGCUGCAAAGCAUCUUACACCUGUAGCUUUGGAGCUGGGAGGAAAAUGUCCUGUUAUUGUUGAUUCUGACAUAAAUCUAACAGUCGCAGCAAGGCGUAUUAUUGGAGGAAAGUGGGCACUAAAUAAUGGACAAGCAUGUAUUGCUGCUGAUCACAUUAUAACAACCAAAGAUUUUGCUCCAAAGUUGAUAGAUGCUCUGAAACUUGAGCUGGAGAAGUUCUUUGGAAAGGACCCGUUGAUAUCCGAAGACUUGUCUCGCAUUGUGAGUUCCAACCACUUUGCUCGUUUAACAAAACUCUUGGAUGAUGAUAAGGUUUCUGGUAAUAUAGUCCAUGGAGGUCGAAGAAACAAAGACAGCCUAAAAAUUUCUCCGACCAUUUUGCUAGAUGUCCCAGAAGACUCUCUUAUUAUGAAUGAGGAGAUAUUUGGCCCUUUACUUCCCAUUGUCACGGUGGACAAUAUUGAGGAGAGUUUUAGUGUUAUCAACUCCGGAGAAAAGCCACUUGCGGCCUAUAUAUUCACCAACAACAAGACACUCAAAGGGGAGUUUGUGAGGAAUAUCUCCGCAGGGGGUUUGCUCAUCAAUGAUAUUGGCAUGCAUUUUGCAAACCCACAUUUACCAUUUGGUGGAGUUGGGGAAAGCGGAAUUGGUGCAUGCCACGGCAAAUUUUCUUUCGACACGUUCUCCCACAAGAAGGCAGUUCUCUACCGAAGUUUUGCUGGUGAUGCACCUGCAAGGUACCCUCCAUACACACCUGGGAAGCUAAGAUUACUGAAGGCUCUCCUAGGCGGUGAUAUCAUCGGGAUUAUUCGCGCUUUGCUUGGUUGGUGAAAAAAGUAAGGUUAUUAUUCGUUUCCCCCCAUUCCCGUACAUGUGUAGAACUGUAAGAUUACCAAAAACUCUUUAAGUGGCUUAAUUGAUGCUACAUGGUUUUGUGGCAGUCCCUGUUGUUUUUCUUCUAUUUGUGGCGGUGCCUAUGGUUGUCUCAAAUUGUACCAUUUGGAUUUAUUUAAAAAAUAAAUAAAAUUUGUCUUCCAUUGUCGAUUC